AGCCGUCGCUGCCUUGGCUCGCAUGGCCCUGCUCCGCACCUGUUGCUGCUGGCUGUCGGUGCGCAAGGGGAGCUUCGCGUGCGGCAUCUACACGCUCAUUUUCUACACAACGCUGGUUGCAACAGGUGCAUGUCAUCUCAGCACAGCGCGGCACUCGACAGUCAGUUUUAUGCUGAUCGUCUUGCUGUUCAUUCUCUCCGGUUUUUGCAUCGUUUUCUCCGUUGUUCUACUCCUGGGCCUCUUUUUCGACCAUCGCCUGCUGUUGCUUCCGUGGCUUGCCUUCGUGUCCACGACGACAGUGCUUGACGUGGCUCUUUCGUUCUAUUUCAUCUCGGAACUGAAAAUCGACGCCUUUGUAAUCACCAUGUACAUUGUCGACUACACCCUGUGCUCAACAAACGUCUACUGCAUAUUGUGCGCGGUGUCCCAAUACCAGCAGUACACACUUAGAGGCCGCUCCUCGGAGCAGAGAGGUCGGCGGGAGUCGCUGGCCAUGGCGACGACACGGAACAGAGGCGACGGCGGAGGGGGCCGAAGCGGAGAUCGGUCGGCUCUUGUCCGCAUCGGAUCGUGGUACAUGCGGUGGCUGUCCCGCAAGACAGCUCUACCGCGCAGCGACGACACCGUAUUGCCGUGCCCCGUCGUCGUACCAGCAGACACCACCUAUUCAGCCGACGAAGGUGUGACGGCAACGCCAGCUGUUGUCGCAGGCGCAGUCCCUGCUUCAGUAACUCGAAAUAAGAGAUCACACCUCCAAAUGCCUGAGUCUCCCUCGGACAUUGGUCGAUGUUCCGAAGAGUCAUCCACAGGCCGGCAAGUCUGCACGGGAGAGACGUCCGUACAGCCCUGCGUCGUACAAAGUGGAGCACAACCUUCAGGUUGCGAAGCGUUUGAUGACCCGAGCCUCGUACCGGAGCUCCAGAAUAGAGGAAUAACGCUCACCAAAGAAAUGCGAGAUCAUGGCGGUGGUUUCGUACCUGAAAGCCAACCAUUGCUAGAUGCUCCCGGUUUUCUCGGGAUCCACUAUCAAAGGGGCACUCCUGUCGGUGACAGGGCGUAGUGCUGGGCAUUUUUCUUCUGUCGUGCAGAUUGGAAACAAGACAGCGAUGUAGAUCCAGGAAAUUGUUCGUGAAAUUUCGAACAGCCUCCACGGGUACCGCCUGGUGCUCGAGAUCAAUGGCGAGAACAGAUGAAGACACUGCGUUAUGCUUUGGACGGAUAUUUCACAAGAACCAAUUUCACUAAUGCUAGUACGUUAACACUAGCAAAGUCUGUUUGGAUCGAAUAAUGCACCGUGAUUUGGUUACAUACCUCAUCGAGACUGACAUUUCAUACACUGCUCAUUCUACGGUUGCCUCACUUUACCAUGUUAAUAUUUGACGCAGCUAAAUGUACGGCAUGCGA